CGGCCUCGACAGCCGCACAGAGACAAGAUGACGAAGCGCACCAAGAAGGUCGGUAUCACGGGUAAAUAUGGUACCAGAUACAGUGCUUCUUCCAGCACGCCCGUUACAUCUGCGCCUUCUACAGGGUGGGUGUCUACACUGUCUCUAUUCACGCUGUGCGAGCAGGGCAAAGGGGAAAAUAGAAACAUACGUCCCCUUACAUUUGGUUUCGUAUAAUAUUGCAUUGAAGACUUUAUCAUACCCAGGAUGUUGCAAAGACCGGAGUGAUUGGCUUGGUUGAUAAUUAGACACGAUGUUGUCAGCAGAUUUGGAGUUCUAGACACGUUUGUUUUAUCCGUUUUACUUUCUACUGGAGUUUCAAGCAAUCUGAAGAAUUUAUAGCUCA